UGUCACACCUCUAAACCAACCUCACCCAACCCAGCGUGCAUCACAAAAAGUUUUUCAAAAUGUAUGCUGCACCGUUGCUACUUUUCUUACAUUUUGUUAUUUCUAUUUCUCUCCCCUCAGGUGUGACCAUAAAGCAACUAUGUCUAGUUUGAAUCUUACCAGUUCUUCGGUCAAAGAAUUUCUUAUCAGUGGAUUUCUGGGAUUUAGAGAUCAGGAAAGUAGAAGAACUCUGUUUGGAGUCUUGCUUACAGUGUACCUCGCCAUUCUUCUCGGAAACAUUCUUUUAAUUCUAAUCUUUAUAUCUGACAGAACAUUACACAUCCCUAUGUACAUAUUAGUCUGUGGCCUGGCCGUUCUUGACAUCGUCAUCACCACUAACACUGUGCCCAGUAUGCUCAUCCUAUUUUCUUUUGAAUACAGAGUAGUGCCUUUUGCUGCUUGUUUUACUCAGACGAUGUUCUGGGUGGGUCUGUUCUCGACAGAAUGCUUUCUCCUUGCGCUAAUGGCUUAUGAUCGCUAUAUGGCUAUCUGUAAUCCACUUCACUAUCCUAAUUUAAUGAGUAAUAGUCAUGUCUCAAAACUGAUGGCUGGCUGCUGGGUGGCUGGGUUUCUCAGCGCAACACCAAGUGUGGGUCUUGUCCUCAGUCUUUCAUUUUGUGGGCCAAAUGAAAUAAAUCACUGCUUUUGUGACUUUGGUUCCUUGCUGUUUCUGGCUUGUGGAGACAAUCAGAUUACUAAUUAUGCCAUACUGAUUAUUGGGUUGACUGUGCUUUUCAUCCCCUUGGCAUUUAUUCUUUUCUCCUACGUGCGGAUUAUAUUCUCAGUUGUCAAAAUUGCCAACAAAGACGGACGAAUGAAGGCCUUCUACACAUGUGGCACACACAUGUUGGUCAUGUCUGUUUUUUUCCUAGUAGCAGGUGGAGUCUUCAUUUCAGAAAGAAUUCCUUUAUUAUCUACGGACACACGUAUAAUGGGACUGAUAGUACAGAACGUCUUUCCUGCUUUAAUGAAUCCAGUCAUUUACUGUCUUAGGACUAAAGAGAUACAAAGCAGUUUUGUAAAAAAAGUAAAGAAAAUAAGGAUUUUACCAAACGGCAAUUAGUACAUUUUUCAGUAGUAUUUUUUAGAAAAAAAUGAUUAUUUAUUUGAUUCAUAUAAUGAAAUAAUAAGUUCUAUCUGGUUGCCACAUAGCGGAACACCUUAAAAUGCAUGACAUUUGCCUGUUUUUCCAGACUGCAUUGUUUAC